AAGUAUACAUGAGCGUAAUUUAAGAGUCGGUAUCCAGGGUAUUUAUUUCUUCACUCACACUUAUUAACUGCCCUUGCCUCUGCAGGACUGAUUCUCCAACAGCAUUACGCUCUACCUAUAGAACCAUUACCCCUUCACCACAUGGGGUCAUCCCAUACAAGGCAGAAGCAAUUUCUGAACAUUCAACACCUGAUACCAGCCCAAGUAGAAAAAUAGUGUUUUGCUAAACAGACAAACACGGUGAAAUGCAUUAAGAUAGCCCAAAAAUGGUCUUGGUGUCUAGCAGACCCUCUGGUGGAAUAUUGGAGGGAACAUGUGUGAUUCUGACCUGCAGCAGUGAAGCAAACCCACCUGUGGAGAGCUACACCUGGUUUAAAAGAUCAGGAACUGAAGAUAUACAAAUAGGCAACGAGCAGAGUUACAGCAUCAAGCAUACUGUCUUUGCAGAAAGUUACGAAUAUAAGUGCAGGGCAUCCAACCGGCACGGAUCUGCAUUCUCAGAGUACAUGCAUCUUAAUAUCUUAUAUAGCCCCAAAAGUGUCUUGGUGUCUAGCAGACCAUCUGGUGGAAUACAUGAGGGCGAUUCAGUGACUCUGACCUGCAGCAGUGAUGCAAACCCACCUGUGUUGAUCUAUACCUGGUUGAAGAGAUCAGGAACUGAAGAUAUACAAAUAGGCACUGAUCAGAAUUACAGCAUCAGAAGUGUCAGCCCAGAGGACAGUAACAAAUACAAGUACAAAUACAAUGGAUCUGCAUUCUCAGAGUACACAACACUUGAUAUUUUAUACGGCCCAAAGACUGUCUUGGUGUCUAGCAGACCAUCUGGUGGAAUACGUGAGGGUCAUUCAGUGACUCUGACUUGCAGCAGUGAAGCAAACCCACCUGUGAAGAGCUAUACCUGGUUUAAGAGAUCAGAAAGAAAAGAUUUACAAAUAGCCUACAGUCAGAAUUACAGCAUUGAACAAAUCAGCAUUGAAGACAGUUACAAAUACAAGUGUAGGGCAUCCAACCAGCAUGGAUCUGCGUUCUCAGAGUACACACCACUUGAUAUUCUAUACUUGCCAAAGAAGACGUCAGUGUCUGUGACCCUGACAUGCAAGGCUCACGCUAACCCACCUGUGAUGGACUACACCUGGUAUAAAGAAGGUGAAAGUGAACCUGUGGCAUAUGGGCAGACCUACAGCAUCACCAGUAUCACUAAAGAGGACAUUGCACCAUUCUACUGCAAGGCUGGCAACAGAAUUGGCCAUGACUAUGCACGUCCUGUACCAGUCACAUGUAUAGGUAAAGCACAGGUUGCAGCUGCUGGCAUCGGUGGAUUCUGUGGAGGGCUCGCUACAGCUGUUCUCUUCACCAUUCUGUGGAUAAGGAGGAAGAAGUGGAAAACAGAUGGAAGGAAAUACUGGGUAGAUAAAAGCUGGAGGAAGAAUAAGACAACAAGCAGAAAUGAAUAUGAAGUUGGUGAAAGCAGGAGAAAGAAGAAGAAGAAGAAGGCAGCAAUUGAAGAUGAUUAUGAGGCCAAAGCCACAGUGAUGAUGCUUCAUCCUCUUUCUCUGGUUCUUUUGCUCAUGAUGCCACCUCAGCAUUUGACAUACUACUGCCGCUGUACAACGGACUACCCCAGGACUGAUUCUCUAACAGCAUUACGCUCUACCUAUACAGAAAGCAUUACCACUUCACCACAUGGGGUCACCCCAAACAGUGUAGAAGCAAUUUCUGACCAUUCAACACCUGAUGUCAACACAAGUACAACAGAAGCAACAAUUACCCCUCUAACACAUAAUGUCAGUGCAAGCACAACAGAAGGUCCAGCAAAUGUCUCAGUGUCUGUUAGUCCUCCUGGUGAAAUAGUGGAGGGCAGUUCAGUGACUCUGACAUGCUAUAGUUUAAUCUACUCGACUGUGAAUUACACCUGGUUCAGAGGGACAACAUUUCUAGGGACCACACAGAGCUACAGGAUUUACAGCAUCAGAGCUGAGGACAGUGGAGAAUAUAUGUGUAAGACCAGCAACGCACAUGGAGAAGCAAGUGCUACUCUGACUCUCAGUGUUUCAUAUAGCCCAAAGAGGGUCAUGGUGACUAGACCGCCUGGUGAAAUAUUUGAGGGUCGUUCAGUGACUCUGAUCUGCAGCUGUGAUGCAAACCCACCUGUAGUGAGCUACACCUGGUUUAAGAGAUCAGGAACAGAGGAUUCACAAAUAUGGACCGGGCAGAGUUACACCAUUGAACAUAUCAGCGUUGAAGACAGUUACAAAUACAAGUGCAGGGCAUCCAACCGGCUUGGAUCUGCAAUCUCAGAAUCCAUGCGACUUGAUAUUUUAUAUAGCCCAAAGAGGGUCAUGGUGACUACACCGCCUGGUGAAAUAUUUGAGGGUCGUUCAGUGACUCUGACCUGCAGCUGUGAUGCAAACCCACCUGUAGUGAGCUACACCUGGUUUAAGAGAUCAGGAACAGAGGAUUCACAAAUAUGGACCGGGCAGAGUUACACCAUUGAACAUAUCAGCGUUGAAGACAGUUACAAAUACAAGUGCAGGGCAUCCAACCGGCUUGGAUCUGCAAUCUCAGAAUCCAUGCGACUUGAUAUUUUAUAUAGCCCAAAGAGGGUCAUGGUGACUAGACCGCCUGGUGAAAUAUUUGAGGGUCGUUCAGUGACUCUGACCUGCAGCUGUGAUGCAAACCCACCUGUAGUGAGCUACACCUGGUUUAAGAGAUCAGGAACAGAGGAUUCACAAAUAUGGACCGGGCAGAGUUACACCAUUGAACAUAUCAGCGUUGAAGACAGUUACAAAUACAAGUGCAGGGCAUCCAACCGGCUUGGAUCUGCAAUCUCAGAAACCAUGCGACUUGAUAUUUUAUAUGGCCCAAAGAGGGUAGAGGUGUUCAGCAGACCAUCUGGUGGAAUACUUGAGGGUCGGUCAGUGACUCUGACCUGCAGCAGUGACGCAAACCCACCUGUAGUGAGCUACACCUGGUUUAAGAGAUCAGGAACAGAGGAUUCACAAAUAUGGACCGGGCAGAAUUACACCAUUGAACAUAUCAGAGUUGAAGACAGUUACAAAUACAAGUGCAGGGCAUCCAACCGGCUUGGAUCUGCAAUCUCAGAAACCAUGCGACUUGAUAUUUUAUAUGGUCCAAAGAGGGUACAGGUGUCCAGCAAACCAUUUGGUGGAAUAAUGGAGGGUGGUUCAAUGACUCUGACCUGCAGCAGUGAAGCAAACCCAUCUGUGAAGAGCUACACUUGGUUUAAGAGAUCAGGAGAAGAGGACUUACAAAUAGGGACCGGGCAGAAUUACGUCAUUGAACAUAUCAGCAUUGAAGACAGUUACAAAUACAAGUGCAGGGCAUCCAACCAGCAUGGAUCUGCAUUCUCAGAGUACACACCACUUAAUAUUUUAUACUCCCCAAAGAAUACAUCAGUUAUUGUGACCCUGACAUGCAAGGCUCAUGCUAACCCACCUGUGAUGGACUAUACCUGGUAUAAAGAAGGUGAAGAUGAAAGUGAACCUGUGGCAUAUGGGCAGACCUACAGCAUCACCAGUAUCACUAAAGAGGACAUUGAACCAUUCUACUGCAAGACUAGAAACAGAAUUGGCCAUGACUAUGCACGUCCUGUGCCAGUCACAUGUAUCGGUAAAGGACAGGUUGCAGCUGCUGGCAUUGGUGGAUUCUGUGGAGGGCUCGCUACAGCUGUUCUCUUCGCCAUUCUGUGGAUAAGGAGGAAGAAGUGGAAAACAGAUGGAAGGAAAUACUGGGUAGGUAAAAGCUGGAGGAAGAAUAAGACAACAAGCACAAAUGAAUAUGAAGUUGAUGAAAGCAGUAGAAAGAAGAAGAAGAAGGCAGCAAUUGAAGAUGAUUACGAGAAUGUUGGCCCAGACGACACAUACACAGCUCUUAAUAUUAAGACCUCAGAUGAUGUCUAUGAAGCUCUAACAACUCAGAGCAGUGCUCCUUAUGAUGUGACGCAGGUGUAGGUCUUCAGAGCAGCCUCUUCUGUCUCCAACUUGGUGGAGUCAUGAUCAGAACCAUCACGACGGAUACAAAAAUUGAAGAAUGAGACAUUAAUUGCUUAAAAUACAGUGUUUCUUAUAAAGUUUGCCUAUUUUCUUUUCUUUUUUGCCUAGUUCCACAUUUACCUGCUAAAGCUUUACUGCAAACAGCCUAUUUGACUUGUGUGGCAAACCAAUAUAUUACCUUAUAAAGUGCUUGCUAUAUCAUUAAGUGUGUACUUUAUUCAAGUAUUGUUAAAAUUGAAUAUUUGCACAUCUGUUAUAUUUCCAAAACUAUUUACUUUUACUCCUUUCUAUUGAAUGUCCCUGUUACAAGGUUCUCAGGCCCUGGGAUUUUUCAAUGCUGUGUUUAACUGUAUGACAGACUCAGAUCUGUUAGUGCCAAGUUACUUUAAU